AUGGGCUCCUGGAGCACUCUUUUUCCUGCCACUGAGUUCACACAGCCUCAGACAAACAGCUCUGUUUGUGAUAUCCAAGAUGGCUUCCUUGCAGUGACCCUCCCUGUGAUGUACUCUCUCAUCUUCAUCAUCAGCCUGCUCAGCAACAUGCUGGCCCUCUGGGUGUUCUGGCACCACACGCAGAGGAAGACCUCCAUCACAGUUUACAUGAGGAACCUGGCUUUGUCGGAUCUCCUGCUCUCCCUCUGCUUACCCUUCCGGGUGGCCUAUCAAAACCACAGCGGCCCUUUGGUCCUCUGCACGGUAGUUGGUGCUUUCUUCUACCUCAACAUGUACGUCAGCAUCAUGUUCCUCAGCCUGAUCAGCCUGGACCGCUACCUGAAGAUCAUUCGGCCUCUCCAGCAGUUUAAAAUCCACACCCUGCCUUGCAGCACAGUAGCUGCGAGGGUGGUUUGGGUGGCCUAUGCCAUUUUCACGCUGCCUUUCUUUUUUGAGACUAGGGAAAAAAGGCCUUGUGCCAACAAGUGCUUCCACUUCAGGAGCAAACACCCACUGGGGGCAGCCCUCAACAUGGUCGCCGUGGCCACCUUCUUCAUUCACCUGGGGCUCUUCCUCUAUUUUUAUGGCAUGAUAUCUGCCAAGCUCCACAAAGUCUCCUCAGGGAAAGUUCAGCAGCAGAGCAGAAGGACAAGCAGCAGGGCCAUCACAAAGACCUUUGUGGUCCUGGUCAUCUUCACUGUGUGCUUUGCCCCCUAUCACUUUGUCCGCGUGCCAUACAUCCUGGCUCAGCUGGAUGUCAUCUCCAGCACACAGUGGAAGCAGGCUCUCCACAUCACCAAUGAGCUUGUUUUGUGCAUCUCGGCCCUCAACAGCUGCUUGGACCCUGUGAUUUUCUUUUUCUUCUCCAGCAGCUUCAGGAAAGCAGUAUUAUGCACCAUCCGAGGCAAGCUGAAGAGAGCUCUUCUGAGGAAUCAGGGGGCUCUAAACCACAGUAAAUCCAUCACAGAACCAGGGCUGGAUUAAAGAAUUUUGAGGCCCUGUGCACUAGGAAGCUUGGCCUGCCCACAUCUUCCUUAAACUAGACAGAGCAUGUGAUCUGCAGUCUGUAAAUAGGAGAACAGGUCUCGUUACCAUUACUUAAAAUAAAAACAAAACACACACAAACCAAUCCAAUGCUUAGCUCAGCCAGCCCAGAGCAGUG